AUGACACCCAGGGGUGAUACUGGCCUUUUUGGGGAGGACAUCGUAUACGACAGUGAGUCCAUAGGGGUUCCCGACCUGCGUGCGGACCGGAAUCAGAUCAAUACUCGUGAAUAUGUAGCUAGUAAUGGACUGCCUUCCUGUUCGUCCUCGGGCACUUUCGGGGCCUCAUACUCGGAUAAUGACCAGCCACGCCUUCCACCUAACAAGCGCAGACGUCACCGCCGACGUACCAACAACAAGGGUACGGCACGGGACCAGUCUUCCGCACAGAAGCUGACCGGGCUGAUGGUGCAACAACAGUCGCUUUUGGAGAAGUACGAACAAAGGUUGCAGCGCAUAUCUUCAGAGCGGUACACAACAUUGUUGUCCGCUACUGAGACAUCUGCUGGCACGCACAAACGUGCGCACAAGUCACUGGGCAACGAGGACAACCCAACGCUCCGUAUCCAAGGCCGUACACGACCGCAUCGUGGACUCGGAUAUGUAUCACCUGGGUCGGAGGGUCAACUGUCCGAGGAGGAGGAGUUGCAUGCACGUAUACUACACCUAAGCGACGAGCUAUGCCAAGCAAUCGAGGACAAUGAUACGACUCGGGCUGAAGCUCUUCGGGGUGCGAUAGAAACGCUUCGGGCUACGCAAGAGUCCCAACCGGUGGAGAAACGUCCCACACCGUCACCACGUACAUGGCCCGAUUGGCCAUCGAACAGAUACCACUUGCAUGACAUCAUGGAACGGGAUACGAGAGGGGCUCUCCUUGAGGCCUUUAAGAACGCACAAAUUGCGGGAUCUGCUCGCAUGAAACGCAAGCCACUGUCGAUCCCGCAUUUCGUAAGCUGGCCAAGGGCCACAGUAGGAACAUGCAUUCCCCAUCAUGGAACAAAUGACACAGCUUCUGGAAACCAUAGGAGGGCACGCGAACGGUGUCAAGCGGAUGCAGACUUUCAACAGAACUUAUUAAACCACUGUAUUGUACAAUUGUUCGAGGAAGCACUCAAUGGUCGGACGUACGAACAUACUCUACAAUUACUUCCGAAAUGGCAAUUAAUGAAGACACACGAGCUUCUGCAGCUGUUGAGCCCCGACAUUCAGAACGCACAGCAGCACACUACUGCGCGUCUUCAGAACCGAACUAAUAGGGAGGGUCUAACGAGUAACGUGGCUCGUGAUUAUACCAAUAGCCGCCCUAACCCGCAGACGAUUCGACGACAGUCGCAGAACUGGACACAGCGGCCCCAACCGACACCACCUACGACUUGUGCUGGAUGUCAGGCACAAGCUCCACCGGGUUCACGUCAUAUUCCGCGAUGUCAUCAUUUUCGUGCGUCGCAACCAGGGGGUAUAUAUGGUGGGGCGCGCCCGUAUGACAACAACCGCCCGUCACGAGACGCACAACCUGCACACAGACCGACCGCAGCUCCAACCUCAGGACAGGGGCAGAACAACACUCCGGGUAGGGAAUUUGCAACCACGCGACCGACUCCACAGGUGUACAGGUGA